GUUUGGUGGUCCAAUCAGAUGCAUCGGAACCUUGAACUGGAUUGGAAUCGCCACUGCACGUUGUGAGUGAGAAGGGAGGAGGAAAAGUAGAGCAGGUUUGAAAAUGAACUUGCUGCCCAAGUCCUCAAAAGAGUUCAGUUCUGCUGAAUAUUGGGAGACGUUUUUCAAGAAACGGGGUGGAAGUGCCUUUGAAUGGUAUGGGACCUAUGUGGAUCAUUGUGCAGUGCUGCACAAGUAUAUUAAGCCCAAAGAUAAGGUCCUUGUUGUUGGCUGUGGUAACUCUGAGUUGAGCGAGCAGAUGUACGACGUUGGUUACCAGAGCAUCACCAACAUCGACAUCAGUGAGGUUGUGAUCAACCAGAUGAAGGAACGCAAUGCAGUUCGCCGGCCAGCAAUGACGUUCACCAAGAUGGACAUGAUGCAGAUGGAGUUCAGCGACUCCCAGUUUCAGGUUGUGCUGGAUAAGGGAACCCUGGACGCCAUAAUGACUGACGAGAGUGACGGGACACUGCGCAGUGUGGAAAGGAUGUUUGCCGAGAUCGGGCGAGUCCUGCAGGUGGGUGGGCGGUUCCUGUGCAUCUCGCUGGCCCAGGAGCACAUUGCGAAGAAAGCGGUGAGCCACUUCUCCCAAGAGGGCUGGCCUGUAAGAGUACACGCCAUCGAAGAGCAGAGCGAGGCCAGCCGGCAGUUUGUGAUGCCGGUGUUCACCUUCGUAUUCACCAAGUUUAAGAAGCUCCCUGGAGCUGGGCAGAAGAUCCUCGAGAUGUGCGCAGAGGAGCAAGAGAAGCCGCUCCGCUUGGAGAGCACAGAGCAGCUGUUGGAGUCGGUGAAGGUGCGGCAGCAGUACGCGCUGCUCCGAAGCCAUCUGACCAAGGGCUCCAGCAGUGGGGAGAACGUGUCCCUCACCUUUUGUGAUAGGGAGUCUGGGAAACCUCGCUACACCUUCUAUGUUGUUGAUCAGCCCUCCGUGAAACCUACUCGUACAAACAACUUCGCAAUUUUCAUAGUUCCACAGGGCAGGGAGACUGAAUGGAUCUUUGGAACUGACGAAGGUCGGAAACAGCUCAGCAAAAGUGCUGCGUUCAAGCGUCUGCUGGUGGUGGCACUGCACCGUGACCAACUCUACCAGAGCAUGGAAGCUAUUCAGUCGGAGCUGUCGGGGAAGGUGAUGGAGUUGGCUCCUUAUGGACUUCCACCAGAUCAACAGGUCCCGUUUCUUUCAGUCGGUGGAGAUAUCGGGGUUCGCACUGUCCAGUAUCGUGGUGUGAGUGACAUUAGUGGCGAAUAUGUCAUUGAAGAUGUGAAGGGAGAAGACGGCAACUAUUACCGGCACCUGGUAUUCCUCAGCAACGUCAAUGUGGUGCAGUCGGAGGGUAAACUAUUGCACAACGCUUCAAAGACAGUUUCAACACAAAAAAAGAAAAAGAAGGACAAGAGGAAAGGGCGGUCAUGCUUGGAAGCUGAGAACAAUUCGAGUCCAAAGGCUGGUCAGGCUAUUGACAAAAGCUACCUCUGCUGCAAUCACCAUCGAGCCAUGAUUGCUGGCUUGGUUCUACUAAGUAACAAAGAUGGUUUUCUUGCAGAUGCUGUGAUCUCUCUGCUGGUGGUUGGCCUUGGUGGUGGUAGCCUUCCAUUGUUUAUUCAUGACUUCUUCUCCCAAUCAACCAUUGAUGCCAUUGAAAUCGACCCUGAGGUGUUGGAGGUAGCGACCAGGUGGUUUGAAUUUUCUCAGGACGAUCGAAUCAGGGUGAUUGUGGCAGAUGGCUUGCAUUAUAUACGUACACUUGCAGACAAUGGGAAUGGCUCCUAUGAUGUUGUCAUGUUUGAUGUGGACAGUAAAGACAUCACCCUUGGAAUGAGCUGUCCUCCACCAGCUUUUGUAGACCAGGCAUUUCUCCAGAAAGUACGAAGUCUUUUGGCACCCCAAGGACUCUUCAUUCUAAAUCUGGUCUGCAGAGACCAUGCACUGAAAGAGAAGGUCAUGGCAGCCAUCAAAUCAGUAUUCCCCCUUGUUUACCUACAGAAGAUUGAGGGCGAGGUAAAUGAAAUUUUGUACUGCCAAUUGUCCACAGAUCUCAAAGCUGGUUCAAAAGACCUCCUUGAGGCCGGUCAGAUAUUGGAAAAUGAUCUGAAGAAACCUGGCAGACACUGGGACCAAACAUACAGACUUGCAGAGAUGUUGAAGAAAGUUACAAUUGUGUGAAAAAUUGUAAAUCACUGGAUUAGAUGUACACAUGAAAAAAUUAAUAUUUAUUAUUUGCAGUGACUUUUAUUGUAGUUAACCAGGAAUAUGGACUUGGAAGCCUUUAAAUGUUCAGAACUAUAUUCUUAAACCAAUAUGUGGUUGUGUCUCAAAGUGUACAUUUCUGGUAAAUGUGGGCUGCUCAAGCUGUGCUUAAUCAUCAAAUCAUUUGUCCAGCUUCUUUUCCUUUAGUACACAAGAGACAUUGUAAGUUUUUUUUUAAGGAAAAAUUGGGAGUUGCGUUCACUUUGCAUUGAAAUUUGUUUGAGAUAUGGAGUGAUGCUUCAUACUGAAUAAACUAUUAUGUUGCAAUUCCCCAGUAGCAGCAGAGUUUGCUGGCAGUCAUAGUAAAGCGCCCUUGGUGUAGCAUAAAUAUUGCCCUAUAUAUAAAGAGCCACAAAGACCAACAAGUCAUAGUUUGCUGAUCUUUGCUUCAGUAGAAGCUGAGAAAGUUGGCUUCAAUUGGUUAUGGUAAAAUAAAUCGUAUAUUAGGACUUAGCAUCUUGUAUUUAAAGUAUAAGAUUGAAAUUAAUAGUUUUUACUACUUGACUUUUAUUUAUUGCAGAUCUUUAUGACCAGUCAGUAGAAUACCUGGCACUCUCACAUUAUAUUCAUAAUGGAAUUGGCCAUAAUUUUACAGUAGAAUUUGCAAGAACAGAUUAAUUUUAGUUUGUUUUUGCUUCAUGUCAGUAUUUGGGGGAGAUUUGAAUUGAAUUUAUUUUAUUAGGUGGUUGAAGGCAAUUAUUUUAUUAAUUCUCAGGAUGUUGGGAUCAUGGCAAGGUCAGCAUUUCAUUGCUUAUGCUUAACUGCUCUCAAGAAGGUGGUAGCAAACUCCCAUCUUGAACUGCUGCAGUACCUGUGUGUGAAGGUACCGUAGAAUGCUGUUGGGUAAGGAAUUCUAGGUUUUUGACCCAGUGAUGAUGAAGGGCUGGGGAUAUAUUUCUAAAUCAGGAUUAUGGAUGAUUUAAAGGGUAAUCUGCAGAUGGUGGUGUUCCAAUGCUACCCUUGUUCUUCUAACUGUUGGAGGUUGACAGUUUGAGAGGUGCUGAUUGAUUAAUUGCCACAAUAUGUGUCUUUUUUAUAUACGUGGCACACAUUACAGCAGGGAUUGUAGUUCCAUCCUGUUGCACCCCAGGGAGGUGAAUAUAAAAUUCCAUGCAGAGCAGUGUGUAAUGCACAAAAGAUGUAAGAACUGCAUCAAUGGUUAUUGCAAAACUCUUGACACUAGCAAUGUGGAAAAAAUAUGUACACCAUUUUUGUGUUUUUUCUUGAAAUUCAUAAUGGGGGUAAAACCAAGUUCAUUUACAAUAAAGAAAACUUCCCAAGAGACGUGCUUAGGGUCUCCAAUUUUGGGAGGAAGUGAUUGGUGUCCAAACCCCUUUGAAUCUAGUUGUAUUUUAAGAUCCUUAUCCGUUAGCCACAUUUUAACUUGUCAGAACUGGGAAGCAAAUGGAGAGUGGAAAACUGGCGGGACAGGGUCAGAAGACCCAAAGCAGUGCAGGUAUUGUGUGGAUGUUGAAGCAAAUGGUCUAAACUGCUGCCUGGUUUGCCUUGUCCCAUGGGAUUAAAGGGGAGCCUUAACCACUGGGAGGCAAGGGUGGAGGUGGGGAGAUAAGUAGACUUUUGUAGCGGUUGCUACCGCGGAAUAAAACAAGACGCUAGUCGGAGGAUUGCCGAACAAGAACUGGUUUAUUUUCCCGCCUUGCGCGGGCCCUUUAAGGGAGACUGUUCCCGCCCAAUGAAACCGGCAAUGACGUAAGUAUUACGUCAUCAAGACUUUCCCGUGCGCGGGUUCUCCCCGUCGCUCGGAAAGACGAGGCCCGCCGCCAUCUUGGGCCUCGUCGCUCCGACGCUGCGUGACCCGACUGCCGAGCCGGUUCGCCCGACUAAACGGUGAGUCGCCACACUUUGCCAGUAUCUGCUGGUGACUAGUGGUUGACCUGGUUUUUCUGAAUAGAUUUGGUUACUAAUUGGCCUUUUUGAACCAGUACUACUAGUCUCAUUAUUAUCCAUUUAAUCUCAGAAUCCAAUAUUUAAAUAGAAUAACUUGGUAGAUAUUCUAAUAAACCACUUGUGUGUGAAUUGGAUAUUAUAUUCCUUCUGUUUACCGUAAUAUGUGAGUACUCAAAUCUGUGGAACACAUUAGUGAGAAAUGCUCGAUCAAUAAACUGCUUUGUUUUGCAUACAGUGAUAAAAAAGGCAGCAGUUAAAAUCAGCAUAACUAGAUCUAAAAUAUGAAAUAACUGUAUUGCAACCUUAAUUAUCCUACAUUUAAAACAUAAUACAGCAAAUAUAUUUGAGAAUAUUUCAAUUUAAAGCUUUUUUUAUGCAGCCUAUGACAUUGUAUUAACCUGUGGCUAUGCUGUAUAUCAUAUCUUCACAACUGUGAGGUGAAAAACGGGAAGAGUUUCCUUGGACAGCUCCUGAUUUUUCUGUGCUCAUUAAAUUUACAAAUCUUCUAACAGUAUUGUACAUAAUUUAAAAGUGUUGGAGAUCCUCCCCACAUGCUCACCUCCGCGCUUAGCAAAUAUUUAUCGUUUGGGUGAGUUUGCCGCAGUUGGCUUGCUUUUUCUGUG